AUGAGCCCGAGGCGAAGGGUGAUGCUUCCUUACGCUGCAGCCCCAGUCGGUGAAGGCGUAGUACUCACUACAGGAGUGCUCGGUACAGGAGUGCUCACUACAGGAGUGCUCACUACAGGAGUGCUCGACACAGGAGUGCUCACUACAGGAGUGCUCACUACAGGAGUGCUCGACACAGGAGUGCUCACUACAGGAGUGCUCACUACAGGAGUGCUUGACACAGGAGCUCUGGUGCUGGUAGUACCCUUAGAAGAACUGCAACCAGAUAGAGUUAGCAGGCUAACUAUUGAUGGUACUGUGAGGAUUGUUGGCAGUAGUAGGCCUCGCAUUAGUCACAAUAAGAGAAUCCUACAUAGACAGCGCGACGGUUUCCUGGUGGAAACAACUGCGACGUAUUAUGCGAGGAAGAGAGCACGGCGG